UUAUUCAUCUCUAAUAAUAUAAUACUAUAAUAUAUACUCAGAUAAUAUUUUAUACUAUCAAAAAUGUAAAUCUCUUAUCUGAGAAUUUUUAUACAAUUAUGUAGAAACUGUACUCUUUUAAUGUGGUUUCCGAUUACGGGUUUAUAUUGAUUUAUAUCAUAUACAAACAACACAAGGAAAUGUUUGCAUAAUAGUGUAAUAUAACCAACACACAUUACAUAACAAGUUAUUUUAGAUCUUUACGUUGUAAAUAUUAUUCUGCCCAACAACAGGGGGUUAAUAAUAAUCUACCCCCAGAUUAAUGCAGUGUUUUACAUUUUAAACUCUAUCUAUAAAACAAAAGAUUCACUUUAAAGCAGAUUACUAUGUCUGUACUGUGAAUUGUAUAUACAUGGAAUGUGUAUAUGAAACAGAAAUUCAAUACUUUUUAAAGAGAACCAUUUUUGAAAAAUGUAUGUCAGUUGACAUGAAAACAUUAUUUUAUUAUUUAUUAUUUUAAUUUUAUAAACUUUUAUAAAGUGUGUUUAAAUGUAUGGAAGCCCAUCUCUGCCACCUAAAUAAAAAACAAUCCAGCAUGUAAUGUUUUUCUCAUUAUUGAUUAAAUUGCUAUUUUGGGAUACUAAGUAUUUCUUCUGAGUUAAGUUGUUAUUUUGAGAUACUAAGUCGUUAUUUGGAGACACUGAGUUGUUAUUUUGAGAUGCUCUCAUUAUUUUGAGAUGCUAUCUCAGUAGUUUGAGAUGCUAAAUCAUAGUUUUGAGAUAGUUUAAGAUCCUAAGACAGUAUUUUAAGAAAUUACAACAUUAUUUUUUGAUGCUAUUUCAUUAUUUUCAGAUAUUAAGUCACUAUAUUGAGAUACUAAGUCAGUAUUUUGAGGUACUAGGUGAUUAUUUUGAGAUACUAAGAUAAAAAGCAUCAAAUAACCACUGUAGUACUUUAAAAUAAUGCCUUAGUAUCUCAAAAUGAGAUACUAAAAAUAAUUCUCAAAAUAAUUACUUAGUAUCUUAAAAUAAUGAGAGCAAUUUACUUAAUAAAAUUGAAAAUAUGUGCCGGAUUUUUUUUUAUUUUAGGUGGCAGGAAUGGACUGCCAUACAAAUGUAGAUAUGGUUUUGCUUUCACCAAAAGUAUUAUUUGGAUGCACAAAAAUAAAUGUGGUCAGAAUAGGUUUUUUCCCCACAAUACCUUAGAAAAAACACUUUUGGUUUUGGUUUUAAUAAGUCCCUUUAGGGGCUUUGUACAAAUAUAUACCAGCAUAAAACUAUAGUUCCAGAAAAACUGGGCUGGUAAAUAAAAUGUAGUUAAAUCAGAAAGCAGUCUUUUGUAUAAUUUUAUUUGAGCUUAAUUAAAUUUGAAUAUUUUUUUUUUACUUUAUAAGGUAGUUUGGUACUAAUAAUGAUGUGAGUAGAUGAUGUUUAGAUAAGAUAGGGCUCAGUGUUCUCAAACAUUCAGCUGUGAGGCCUUGUCCAGAGCAUUAAUUUUAGCCAAAGACAAAUCAAUAUGAUUGUUGGCAAGGCCAAACAGCAAGGCCAAAACCGAUUACAUGUAACUGCAUUACAUAAUCAACCUAAAACUGUAUCUGUAUUACUUAAAUAUCUUGAAUACAGUUACACUUUAAAAAGAGAGUGAUUGAAUUGAGUGGGUAAUAUUCUAGUGUAAAUAUUAUUUAUUACAAUACUUGUUUAUGAGAAAACUUAUGUCCUUGCUGACAUUAGAAAACACUCUGAAUUACUCAAUUUCUUUUCUAAAUCGAAAAAUGCUGAAGAAAAAAUUCAGACCAACACCAGACCAGUAUAAACCAGUUUAGACUUUUUAGAUAAAGAUGAAAUUCAUGCUGGGCUAGUCUGUAUGAGUCAGGUAGAUGUCUAAACAUUUUGGUGCAGUUUCCUGGAAAGGGGAUUAAACAUGGUUGUAGAUAAUAUAUAUUUUAAUGGAAAAUCUUAAUUUAUAAUUAAAUGUAGUCCAAGACUAGGCUUAAUCCUUGUCUGAGAAACUACCCCUUAAUGCUGAAUGUAAAUCAUCCAAAAUACUAAGAAUAAAAGCAUAUUAGUUUUUUUCUAUAUCUUUUUACAUUAACUAAUGAAAUGAAUAAACUAAGUAACUAAGUAAAUGAAUGAAUGGUGUAUAUACUGAAAUAAACUAUUUUGAGAUAACAAAAGCCCCUUACAGUUCUCCACCUGAAUAUCUACACAUCAAAAGACUGUACAAAUAGUGCAGUUGUCGAACUUGACUGUCUAGUUUCAAGAAAAAUGUAUGUGAUACAGAGGUAAACCCUCUGUACUAUGUAUGUACAGGUACCUUUACACAAUACCUGAACGUUCACUUCAACUCAGGUUCUCUGCACAUUCUCUCUCUUCUUUAAGGUAAAGGGAACUGAAACGCAGCAAAACUUGAGCGACGUAAUGGAGAGACUUCUGACUUUAGUGGAGCCUGUGGUGAUCAUCAACAAACUGGGAACCUCCUUUUUUGAGAUGUCGCUGACUCUGACUGUGUACAAUGUUUCACUAGAAACGGCAGACGGACAGGUUGACCAGGCCCAAGCGGCCUCCUCUCGCUUCUUCCUCAUUCACUCCAUCAUCUGCACCGUCGCAGCCAUGCUGUCCACCGUGCCGCUGGGCCGUGUGGCGGACCGGAGGGGACCGAAAGUGUUUCUGAUAAUGUCUCAGCUGGGUUCAGUCAUGGGCAUGUGUGUCCUACUGGUUUUCCUGUUCUGGAAGUUACCUUUGGAGUUCCUGUUCCUGGGUUCUGCAGUGUAUGGCCUCAGUGGGGGUGCUCCAGCAUACUGGGCUGGUGUGGUGGCGCUGGCGGCCCUCAGCUCCAAGCAGAGGCACCGCACUUUGAAACUGAAUGUCGUGGAUCUCUGUUAUGGGAUUGCUGGGGUCCUGGGUGGUCUACUGUCUGGGUAUGUGUAUCAGAUAGGCCAUAAAGGAGUGGUCCUGAUUGGGAUGGCCAUCUCAUUCAGUGUGGUCUCUCUCCUCUACUCGACCUUCCUCCUGUCCGGCUCGGUUCAGAACAGUGAGGAUAAGGAGCUGCUGCUGUCCCGGGCAGGGAGGAGCGAGAGGACGAACAGAGCGGCGGUGGGUCUGCUGAUAUCAGCUAUGGUGCUGUUCAUGCUGGGAAUGAUCGGAGCAGAGAACAUUCUGACGCUGUAUGUGCUGAAGCCUCCUCUGAGCUGGGACUCUGUGUGGGCAGGGUACGGCAGGGCUGCUACUGAUGCUAUGUAUUUAAGCAGCUUCUUAGGGGUCCUGGCACUGUCUGGAGUGCUGGGGGACACAGCUCUUACUCUGCUUGGUAUUGUAUCCAACUGCACUGGGAUGGCUAUUAUGGCGUUCACAAUGAAGAGCUGGGUCUACUUCAUGGCUCGAGGAAUAAUGUUGUUUGCCUGCGUUCCCAUGCCCACGAUGAGAGCAAUGCUUUCCAAGGUCCUGGAUGCACAGCAAUACGGUCGUAUAUUUGGGAGGCUGCAGUUGGUUUUGGCUGUGACUGAGCUCCUCUCUACAGUGAUCUUCACCUCCAUUUAUCCUCUCACUCUGAACUCAUUCAGCGGCCUCUGCUUCCUCCUGUCCUGCACCAUCAGCUACCUCAGCGUAAUCCCAGUCCUAUACCUACAGUUCAGGCAGAGGAGAGAAGAUUAUCCACCUUUAUAAGAGCUUUUUGUCUUGCAUUGAUACUGUCCCUGACGUCUGCUCUGGUCUGCUAAGGCUCAUUUUCUCUCUGUUCCUUUUGUCCAAAAACACAUGUACAGUGAAAGAGCCUUCAGUACUGGUGGUCCAAAGCUAUGGAACUCUGUUCCCCUUUUAAGCCUUAGAUGCACGAGUGACUGGACCCUACAGUCACUUCCAUAAAUAGCAUUAUGUAUAUUUUUAAUAUUAGCAUUAUUUGGUCCAGUUAAAAAAGACUCUGAUUUGUUUGCAUCCAUGGUGCAAUUCAUUUUGGCAGGAGUGAAAAUGUACUCACACUCAAGUCUGGACCAAAACAGUCGUACUCCAGUGAGGAGGUGGUCUCAGUCCGGUCCCCAGUGAACUCUGGACUGUUUGGUUGUGGUGAGAAUGUGAUCCAACCUCGAUCCAACCCAACUAUUAAAUAUACUCUUCAUAUUUUGAGCGGGUGUUCAGAAGCAAUGUCACCUAAUUUAUUACCCAGCUAAUUACUACAGCCACGAACAAAGGCCACUGCUCCAUGCUAAAUUGCUCUGAAAUACAUGGGGUUAAUAAUUGUAUUUAGGUUUAAAAAAGAUUACUGUUAUUGUUAUUGUUAUUAUUAUUAUUAUUAUUAUUUAAAGUUUUUUAUUUUUUCUGCAUCACUGCAACACAAUGUCUACUAGUAUAUAUUUAUUUUUAUAAUCCACUUUGCCACAUGGCAUUUUGCUUAAUUUAGCUCACAGUUUGCUACAGUUUAUUAGGCAAACAUUUAAAUUUCUCAUUAAAAAAAAAUACAAAAUAAAUAACAGAGGAACAAGGGGAAAUGAUAAACAGAUGUUUGGAAGAUUGUAGUUAUAAUAAUUAAGGUAACAUUCCAAAUAAAAACAAAUUGAUUACUUAAAUUAGUUAUUUUAAUUUUAACCAACUUUUUUUGGAAAAUGUAUGGAAAAACAGUUUUCAGUCAAUUAAAAUGCAUUCAUAUUUAAUUAUAGUGUUUAACUGCUUGUCUAAUAGGUUUAAUUACACCCCCCUUGAAAAAAAUACUACAGAAAACAGACCACCUAGCUACCUGUCUGACAAGUGAUUCCACACAAAAAGACCAUAUUAAUAAUAAAAGCAAGAUUAGAACAUGCAUAAAAGCCAUUAAAAUAAACUUUUGAAAUAGAAAAAAAAGAAAGACAUCUGCUCACCUUUUAACAUGCUGUCUAACAGUAUCUGUUUUUCAGCAGAAGAGGGCAGCAAGAGCUCACAUCAGAAGCUAACUCCUGAGUGGUACAGGGAAGUUUAGAAGAGCCACUUUUUGGAAAGUUGCACAUUAUUUCCUCAUU